AUGGCUCGUCAUUUUCCAUCCACCGAUCCCCACAAAUUCGAAAUAGUCCAUAGAGUGUUUGGAACCAGCCAUGUACUGAAAAUGCUUCAAGAUGUGGAAGAAAAUGAAAGGGCGGCUGCGGUAAAUAGCAUGGUGUAUGAAGCAAACGCCAGAUUGGCAGACCCAGUGCAUGGGUCUGCAGGCACAGUUUAUCAACUGCAGAGGCAAAUUGCUGAGCUUGAAACGGAGUUGGCAAUCACGCAGAAAGAAGUUGUUAGAAUGAGUAGGAAGCGAGAUGACCUGACUUCAAUCGUUACGGGUAGAUCUCAUGUUUUGCCUCCAACAGAACAAAGUGAUGAUUUGAUGUUAGAAGACAUUGGUCCCUUAUGGGAGCCUCUGUGGAACUGGAAAGUAUAA